AUGUCUUCCUAUUUCUCGUCUAUAACUUCCUCCUCGGCUAUCUCAAAUCUCGGUACCCGAUUCAACUCCCUCCGCAGAGCAAUCACCUCCGGCGACGAAGCAGACGACCCGGAUAACGAAGACUGCUCCCACAUCUCCAACGUCCUCCGCGCAUACUACAUCGAAAAGGGCCAGCCUUUUCCUCAAUGGCUUCCGCCAAAUCCUAAAGAGCGCUCGCACGCGCCUCAACGAACAAUCGCAACAUCCACCGUCUCCCCCUCCUCAUCCAUGUCCUCAGGGCGGGGCGGCGGCCUCGGAGAUCUGUGGGGAGACUCAGGUGGCACCGCACCUCCUACCCAAACCUCCAGCUUGCGACGAGGGCGUGGACAUCCCGGGUCGAACCAGUCACUUCCCAGUCAGGCUUCCUCUAUCUCUUCUUCUCAUUCGCCUUCCAUGUCGGCGUCGUCGCUGAAUCCUGUAAGCACGAGGCCGGCUCCAGGUUCAAGAUCCGGGUCCUACCAGUCCAUUACGGGGUCUACCUCGUCGCCGCUGGAGAGGGCCUCAUCUGCUCAGGAUCGACUGCGUGCUAGACUGCAAGGUGGGCGAUCGCCUAGCCCGGGGCAGUUCUCUGAUCCCAGUCAGAGGAAGCCGGUUGGGUUGAAUCCGCUGGGCCGUACGCGAUAA